CUGCUGUCGCGGGGAGGUUGUGUGACACUGUGCCCGCGCUUCAGAUCUAUAGACGCCGGUUCGAUGUUCCACAGAUCGGUCGCAGUUGGUGUGAAAACAUCCGGAGACGAUGUACAGACUGACUAAGAUGACUGGAUCUGCAGCUCACACUUGUGGAAUAUUCCUGGAUUAUAGCAGAAAGACUUCUUUACUCCUCUGGGACUAGAAACAGCGUUAUGGGUGACCGUCUUCUCUGUGAACAGCCUGCGGGCUUAAGUCCUUUACCACACUUUGCUGAGAUGAAGACGUUCUACAUCGUGAUUGAAGUAGCAAUUGCUGUUCUCUCCAUAUCCGGUAACAUACUGGUUUGCUGGGCUGUCGCCAUCAACACCACUUUGAAGAACGCCACCAACUACUUUCUGGUGUCUCUGGCUGUGGCUGAUAUUCUGGUCGGUUGCCUCGCCAUCCCCUUUGCCAUAACCAUCAGCAUCGGCAUACACCUGGACUUCUAUGGAUGCCUCUUCCUGGCCUGUUUUGUCUUGGUACUGACUCAGAGCUCCAUCUUCAGUCUGCUUGCCAUCGCCAUUGACAGAUAUCUGGCCGUCAAAAUUCAUCUAAGGUACAAGGAGUUGAUGACAGGGAAGACUGCCAGAGAGAUCAUCGCCAUUCUGUGGAUCCUGUCCUUUGUUAUUGGCCUUAUCCCUUUCUUUGGCUGGAACCGGAAGCACUUAUGUUGUAUAAACAGCAGCUCUGAGACGAACAACACUACAAACACUGGCCUCGUGAGUUGCAAGCUCACAUGCCUCUUUGAGAGUGUGGUGGACAUGCAGUACAUGGUCUACUUUAAUUUCUUUGUCUGUGUGCUGCUGCCACUGCUCAUCAUGCUGGGCAUCUACCUGAAGAUCUUUACCGUGGCCAGGAAGCAGCUGAGACAGAUCGAGCUCAAGUGCGUGGGCAACGGGGACAGCCAUCACCACGGGCUGCUGCAGAAGGAGAUCCGGGCCGCCAAGUCCCUCUCCAUUAUCGUGGGACUGUUCGCCAUCUGCUGGCUGCCCGUCCACAUCCUCAACUGCCUCACGCUGUUUUACGAUGAGCUGAAGAAGCCAGACGUCGUCAUGUACGUGGCCAUCAUUCUGUCUCACGCCAACUCUGCAGUCAACCCCAUCAUCUACGCUUACCGCAUCCAGGACUUCAGGAACACCUUCCGCAAGAUCCUGGCUCAACACUUCCUGUGCCGCAGGGAGGAGCUGUACCUCAGCUCCAACGGCAGCAGACGCAACAGAGACCAGAUCCACAUGACCAUCGACCCUCUGCUAUAGAGUGUCAUGCUGAGGAAGAGAAUUAUCUGUGUCAGCUGUUGUUACAGUCUUGAAUUUUAUUUUCACUGAGGUUUCUAAUGUUUACAGAACAAGGGUAUGAUAUGUGAAGAUGAACCGAUGUCAAACGCGCCUUGAAUGUGGACAAUUAUUUAUGAAUUGUGCCAAGUAUCAGGGGUCAAGCAGUGAAAUGUCAAGUGGCGAGUCUUACAGUAACUUUUGUAUUGUGAAGGAUUUUUGAUUUAAAAAAAAAAAAAAAAGGUGAUGAAGCUAACUGGAUUUGUUGGACUGUGAACAGGAUCCGAUCUUAAAAUGCUAUUUAUCAUUCUGAAUCCACCCUGUAACUCCAAACACUCCUUUUUUGCCCUCUUAUUUUAUAUUGUCAACAUUCAGUGCCAGUGUUUAAUAAUGUAUUUAUUACAAGAUCUUAUCUUUGAGAAUGUAAAGAUCAAAAAUUUUAUGUGGCUAGAUCUGUACUUGUGGACCUAAAAAGGUACAAUAGUAAUAGUCUACAACCCACAUUCAUACUCAUGACCAUCACAGGCUCAAUGUACAGAUGUUCUUUAUCUUUUGAUUAUUAGAGCAGGUUUUAGAAGCAUAAAACUGUGGUUAUUUUUCAUAUCAGUAUCCACAAUAAGAGAUCAAUAAGACAUAUACAAAAUAGCUUUGUAUAGCAGAAAUGCUUUUAAGCUGAUGCAUCAACUGUCAGUGUUUGCAGGUGUCCCUGCUGCUGCACAAGUUAUUCCUCCAGAAAAAAAAAACACAGAGGGAUCAAAAACACUGAGAAAUCACCAGUAAUUUAACUAGUAGAAAAGGCGGGGGGGGGGGGGGGGGCUAGUAUAAACAAGAAAAAACUAAAUGCUUUUCUGAUCCCAUGAAUCAUCUUUCACAGCCACAGGGGUCACCAAAUUAUCUUGUGACCCUUGUGGCUGUGGUCCAGAGGAAGGCGUGCUUUGUUUUUGUUUUUUUUGUGGCUUCUAGACAAACAGCAUGAUUUGAUUUGGUCACACAGAUCCAGAAAUAAGAGUUUAGCAAAAACAAACGUGCAGUGGUGCUCCAUAUCAUUUCCAUGUUUCUCAAGACAAAAAGCUCAGGAAGUGGGAAACUGCUCGUACCCUGUGUAGAAAUAUGGCGUUUUCAGCUGCUUUUGUUUCAAGCCAGCUGAUGUAGGUAGACGAGCCAGUUUAAAAUCUGAAUUCUGCAAUUUACCUUCUUCCUCAUCAUCCAGACCUCUGGUACACACAGGUUUAGAGGCUUACAUAAGACGAAGCACCAAGGCUGCGAUUCAUUUAGCUGUAUAUGAAUGUCACUCGCCUCAGGAGUCCAGCUGACGACACCCCCUCCCCUCAGAUCGUCUCAGCUGGGUUCCUGAGGCUCUCAUCUGCCCUGUUCGUGCACUCUGUCCUCCCUAAGCUGCUUAAGUCACUGACUCAACUGAGACAAGCUGUUUCAUUUAUGAAAACAAUAUAUUUUUUUAAGGCUGAAGCUUUCGAAAAUAUACUGCACUGAGGACUUGUAUUAAUCAUACCGUAAUUUAACUCCCUCUUCUCCUCCGUGCUGGCAGGCAGAUCACUUAGGUCCAGCUCAGCCUAGAAAAAGACAGACAGAUUAUUUUUAAGCAUAGAAACAGGUAAAAAUAAUGACACGUUCUCUGAGAGGCACUCAGUGGUGCUUCAUAGUGCAGCGUCAUGGUUUGAGGGGACACAGCUGCAGCACUGUUUUCCACAGAGUUACAUCUUAAAACACCUGAUGCUUUGUGUCCUUUCUCCAGGGGUGUGGUGGUCAGCAUUGUUUUCAAUGUUCCUGCUGAGCUUUUGAAACUGACUGAAUCAAAAAAAAAAAAAGAUCUGGUAAACUGAAUCAGAGCAAAGCAAAGUUUUGUUUGGAGAGUUGUAAUUUACGUGAAAAAUAUUUGGGCCGUAUUUUAUUUAUUUUUUUUUUUUUGUGGUCACCUGACAGCCAUCACUACACAAAUGAGAACACAUUGCACUAACAUUUUGGAUUAUGUCGCGUUCGGUGUGCUUCACUGGUGACGUUGAACCAUGUUGUGUUGGUGUUUCACAGGUGUUGAGCCUGUACUGCUUCAUUAUCUCCCCUCAGUUGCUGUUGUGUCCGGUGUUCCACCUCUGAUCUAACUUCAAGGGCUAAAACACAGGAGUGUGCCAACGUCUUAGUACAUUCCAAUGGAGACAUCUAUACUGUAACUGCACUGUAAUGUUGUAUUAUUUGUUAUUUGUUGUUGACUGACGUGUAAAAAAAAAAAAACAAACAAAAAAAAAACAAACGUACUGUAGGUGUGCGGCUUUCUACAAGCUAUUGA